ACCGGAGAUUCUGACUACGAUCAAAUACGGUUGCAGCAUCUUCUCCGGUGGCGAAAAAAAAGUAUGGGAUUGAAUAUCGUAGGGUUCGUUGAGAAGGUGAAUGGUAAUGAAAUGAGUUACACUACUUUUGCAGAGAAAUACCUAUCGAACAACAAACCCGUUGUUAUUACUGGACUCAUGGCCGAUUGGAGAGCUCGUAAAGAUUGGCUUUUUGAUGAUGGAACACCUAAUCUUCACUUCAUCUCUUCCAGUUUCGGUAAUUCUAAAGUUCAGGUUGCUGACUGUGGUAGCAGAGAAUAUACUGAUCAGAAAAGGUUUGACAUGACAGUGGCAGAGUUUAUUGAUCAUUGGCUUAAGCUUUCUUCAAUGGAACAUGGCAAUCUGUAUCUGAAGGACUGGCACUUUGUAAAGGAGCACCCAGAGUAUACAGCUUAUACAACUCCACAGUUUUUUCGUGACGAUUGGCUAAAUUUGUAUCUUGACCAUUAUCACAUGCAUGAAGACUGUGAUACGUAUCGAAAGAGAGACAACGUAAGCUGUUCUGACUACCGUUUUGUGUACAUGGGUGCAAAAGGAACGUGGACGCCUCUCCAUGCUGAUGUGUUUAGGUCUUAUAGUUGGUCAGCAAAUGUAUGUGGCAAGAAAAAAUGGUACUUUCUAUCUCCAGAACAACGUCACCUUGUCUUCGACAGGAACAUGAAAAAUUCUGUGUAUGACAUCUUCGAAGAGGUUGAUGACACAAUAUUUCCAAACUUUACGAAGACUAUAUGGUUGGAAUGCACACAAGAUCAGAAUGAAAUAAUAUUUGUUCCUAGCGGAUGGUAUCAUCAAGUUCACAAUCUGGAAGAUACAAUAUCUAUAAACCACAACUGGUUCAAUGCCUAUAAUCUCUCGUGGGUGUGGGAUCUUAUGUUAACAGAUUACAAGGAGGCUAGAGAGUAUAUUGAAGACAUCAAAGAUAUUUGUGAUGAUUUUGAGGGAGUAUGUCAGCGGAAUCUUGCAGCUAAUACAGGCAUGAAUUUCUAUGACUUUUUCAACUUCAUGGUGCGUUUUUCCUUUGCUAACAUCGUCCAACUUAGCCAUCUUGCUAAAAGUAGCGCGUCUGCCGACUGGCGCUCUUCUUAUACAGCUCAGAAUUUAAUCUUCAACCUUGAAUCUGCAAAAGAUAUUGCGAUAAAGAUGAAACUCACAUGUUUGUCGGAAAAUCAUAACAUUUCACUGGAUUUCGGAAGUGUUUUGGAAGAACCUGCUUUCUUGGAACUAUGUUUCCAACUGGAAAGAACGUAUGCUUUCAUACAUGAUAAACAUGAACCGACUGGUGAUAAGAAGAAUUUUUUAAUGGACGAGUUACUAGACAUGGGUCUUGGUAAAUUGUUGAGCGCUGUUGUUUGUAAUCCUGAAAAUCUAGCGACUCUUAUAGAUGACGCGUUGCUGAAUCUUGUAAUGUCGCCAAAUAAAAUAUAGUGAUUUGCAUCUUUUGCAUCUUUUUUUUUCUGGUGACUAUACCUUCCUCGAGAAGGCGAAUAUUCUUAGCCAUACUUAAUCUAAUCAUUCAUUUGUGUAAUAUUGAAUGCUUGUUAAGCAAGUUUUUCAGUUAAAUCAUACAAACCAGUUCUCACA